AUGGAUGGUAAACAGACAAGCACCGCCUCUGAGAAUUUCAAUUCCGAAGCCAGCGAGUCGAAAUCCGAUAACCUGAGCCACGAAAAAUGCCUCCAGCGCUGUGUUGACGGGAUAUCAAUGCGACGAGUGAAACGAGGACAAAUAGCGCAGGCUAUGCCAGUACAUCUCAUCGAUGACAACACACAACUUCAAUACCACACAUGUGGACUCUGCAAAAUCGUUCAGCCGAAGCUAAAAAUUGGUUAG